AUGUCAGCGACCGGUGCCGAGCCACCGCCGCUGCCGCCAGCGCAGGCCGAGCUGGUAGCGCAGGCCGAGCUGGUAGCGCAGGACGCCGACCCCGAGUCCAAUCCGGCGCGGACCCGCGAAGACCGCGAGCUCAAGGAAGCCAUGAUGAGGUCGCUGGAGGAGGGAGCGCCGGCCGACGCCUCGGAGCAGGUACAUUUCCCGAAGUCCUGCGUGGAAGACGACCAGUCUCUCUGCUCAACGGACCUGGCCGGCGACUUUACCUACCGACUGGUGAGCGUCGUCAGCCACCACGGCGGCGCCACGCACUCGGGACACUACGUGUCGGACGUAUACAGCGUCGACAGGGACCGAUGGUACCAUUAUGACGAUCGCCGAGUCAGCUGCGUCGACGAGGCCGAAGUUUUGGGCGAGGGACACCAGAGAAACGGAUACAUAUUCUUCUACCUCCACAAAGACCUUUGCAACCAAGCAGUCAGCAUGGAGGGAGCCGGAGGGGCGCUGUGA